AUGGCUGUACCUUUUUAUCAUCUUCUUGUUCUUACAAUAUCAAUACUAUCCCACAUACCAAUAUCAUCAUCGUCAUCAUCUUCUUCUUUCUUAACUAAAGGAUCAUCUCUAUCUGUUGAUAACGACGAUGACAUUUUAGUUUCACCCAACGGAAUUUUCACCGCCGGUUUCCAUCAAGUCGGAGAGAAUGCUUAUGGCUUUGCUGUCUGGUUCUCAGAGCAACCCACAUCCCGGAGUCGUACAGUGGUCUGGAUGGCUAACCGAGAUGCACCCGUAAACGGAAAACACUCGACGCUGUUCAUAUCGGAAGAUGGGAAUCUUGCUUUGACAGAUGCUGGUGAUAAUCGAAACUUCAUUUGGUCAACACAGACGAAGUCAACAUCUUCUUUACUGCAACUGCAACUCCAUAGCACGGGUAACCUAGUGCUCAAUGGAGGAGAAGAAAACCCUCUUUGGCAAAGCUUUGAUCAUCCCACAGAUACCCUUCUUCCAAAUCAAUUCUUCACUAAGAAAACCCAACUUGUUUCUUCAAGAAGUUUCACUAAUUACUCUUCAGGGUUCUAUAAGCUCUUUUUUGAUAACGAUAGCAUUCUUCGACUUCUUUAUGAUGGCCCACAAACAACUACUGUUUUCUGGCCUCAUCCGAGUUUAGGAACUUUGGAAGCUGGGAGAUUCCCGUAUGUGGAUAUGCAAAGAGCAAGCCUCGAUUCCGAUGGUGAAUUCAACUCAUCUGAUGGUUUUCGUUUCAGAUCUGCUGAUUUUGGAAUGAGAGCGCAAAGAUUUAUGAAGAUCGACACAGAUGGCAACUUAAGAGUUUACAGUUUCGAUGAAAGAAGAUUGAAAUGGGAAGUUCAAUGGCAAGCAUUUUCUAACCCUUGCCAGAUUCAUGGUUCUUGUGGUCCAAACAGUCUCUGUUCUUAUUCUCCAGAUUUAGGAAGGAGAUGCGCUUGUUUACAUGGAUACAACAUGGUGGAUUCUCAAGAAUGGAGUUAUGGGUGUGAAUCUGAAUUCCAGCCAUGCACGCAAAAUGGGUGUGAUGAUUUCGUUGAGCUUCGUCAUGUAGAAUUCUAUGGCUAUGAUCUUCGAUUGAUCAUCAACUGCACUCUUGAUGCUUGCAAGAAGGAUUGCUUAAAGGAUUACAAUUGCAGGGGGUUCCAAUUCGGAUGGACGAAAGGCAUCCCCUAUUGCUACAUAAAAGCUUCUUUGCAUAACGGAUAUCAAAUGGGAGGAAUCAAGGCUUUGAUGUAUAUCAAACUACCAAAGAGAUUAGUAUCAUCUUUUAAUCAGAAACCCAUCAUCCAAUCAAGUUUCAGUUGUUCACACCCUGUGCUCGUUCCCAUAAUGAGGACUUACAAGACAAAAUAUGAUAUGACUUCGAAGUCGCUUGAAUUCAUGCUAUUAUUCGGAUGCAUGUUAGGGUUCAUUGAGAUCGUUUGUGUUGUGAUAUUCUGGUAUCGUAGCAGUAAACACUCAUCCACAACCACAACUGAGCAAACUUAUUUUCUAGCUGCUAUAGAGUUUCGAAGAUUCACAUACAGCGAGUUGAAGAAGGCAUCACGCAAUUUCAGUGAAGAGAUUGGGAGAGGUGGUGCUUCCAUCGUGUAUAAAGGCAGGUUAGCAGACAACAGGAUCGCAGCAAUUAAGAGGAUCACGAACACUAAUCGCCAAGGAGAAGCUGAGUUUCAAGCUGAAAUAAGCACGAUUGGGAGGCUGAAUCACAUGAACUUGAUACAGACAUGGGGUUAUUGCGCUGAAGGAAAGCAUAGGCUUGUUGUAUAUGAGUAUAUGGAGAAAGGAUCAUUGGCUGAAAAUUUAAGCUCUGAUCAUAAACUUGAUUGGGCGACUAGGUUUGAUAUAGCGAAAGGCAUUGCAAAAGGGUUAGCUUACUUACAUGAAGAAUGCUUGGAGUGGGUCCUACAUUGCGAUGUGAAACCCCAUAACAUAUUGUUGGAUGCGAAUUACAACCCUAAAGUUGCAGAUUUUGGUUUUUCCACAUUGUUGGACAGAAGAAGUGGUAUCGGCCAAUGGAACUUCUCCAUGAUACGAGGGACUCGAGGUUAUAUGGCUCCUGAAUGGGUUUUAAACCUUCCGAUUACCUCAAAAGUUGAUGUGUUUAGCUAUGGGGUGGUGAUAAUGGAGAUGAUAACAGGAAGAAGUCCAGCAAGCAUGAAUGAAAAUGACGAGAUUAAGCGUGCCCUAAUUGAUAGGGUGAGAGAUAGGAUUGAUGGGUUUGAUGAGAUUGUGGAUCCUUGGAUAAGGGACCAAUACGAUGAGACUGUGAUGGAGAAUCUUGUUAAAAUUGCAUUACAGUGUGUUGAGGAAGACAGAGAGGCAAGACCCUCAAUGAGACAAGUAGUUGAUAUGCUUCUCUAUGCCUGA